AAGGGAAACAGGCUUCCUUCUCACUUUCUUCCCUCCUUCCAUCUCCCUCCUUAGGAUUUGAACUCUUCUUGAUUUACCCCUGCUAAUCACCUGUUCUCGAUCUCUAGUCUCUACCGCCGUCCUUGCGUCCUCGACGAAGGGCUUUUCGCAGUGGAAGUCCAAAGGAAUUACCUCUUGUGUGAUUGUACAUUGCGAUCUGUUAAAAAGAGAGUCCUGGAAGUUUUCUUAUCAGGGGAAUCUUCAUAUCAUGAAAUGGCACAAAGUGGACCAUGCAAUUUUUCUUAUGUCAGGCUGGAUGGCCAUGAAUGUAGGUCUAUUCGAUAUUUUUUGCGGAAGGAAACUGAAGAAAUGUCUCCUUCUUGGAGAGAUGGCAUUGAUCUAAAGAAAGAGAGAUCAGUUCAUGCAUCAUAUUGCAGAUUUUUGCAGGAAUUAGGCAUGCGGCUGAUAGUACCUCAGACAACAAUUGCGGUUGCAAUGUUAUUUUGUCAUCGGUUUUUCCUUCAACAGUUCCAUGCCAAGAAUGAUAUGAAUACUAUAGCAACAGCCUGCAUGUUGGUUGCAGCAAAAGUUAUGGAAUCUUUUCACCUAUUGAGGCAUAUCAUUCCUGUUGCCUAUGAAAUCAUCCAUAAAGAUGAUUGUUUGGCUUCACAGAAAAUCAAGCAGAAGGAAGCAUAUCAGCAGCAAAUGCCACUCAUUCUGCUUGCGGAGAGCGUUGUUCUUGUUACACUUGCAUUUAAUUUUUCAGUGGACCUUCCUUAUACACCUCUGGGUGAAGCAAUAAAUAAAGUCGAGGGUUCAGAUAAAAUUUUUAGACAAGCUGCGUGGAAUUUUGUGAAUGAUGCGCUGCAAACAUCACGUUGCCUGCAGUACGACCACCAGUACAUAGCGGGGGGUGCCUUCCUUCUUGCUGCUAAGUUUGCUAAAGCGAAGCUCCCAUCUGAGGGCGAGUUCUGGUUGCGACAAUUUAAUAUCACUCCACAGCAGUUGAAAGAAAUUACCCAUCAAAUGAUGGAGAUGUAUGAUGUAAGGGAUCCUCCUGAGAUUGCAUGUGAAGGAAGCUCGAGAAGUAGGCAUGAUCCUCCUACAACAAGUAGUCAAACUGUAGGUGCGAACUUGGUAUUGGGCAGUGAACAUUCUCAAGCAGUCGGGUUGGCUGAUGCUGAAACUCAUUCUCCACUGCCUGCUUAGGAGCGGAUUGCCUGAUGCAUAGCAAGCAGAUUGAAUCAUAGAGAAGCAUAUUAGAAUAAAUAUAAGGAUCGUUGCAGACAAGAGUUAGAUCCGUCACGUGAGGAUAUCAUAACAGAGCUCCUCAGUUAAAGAGGACUCCGAUGUGUACAGUCCGAGGAGUUCCACAGUCAGUCAAGACGGACCUCGAUUCUUUCCUGGGGCGCCAUAGUUGCGGACAAGGGUUCGAUCCGUCACGUGAGGUAUUGUCUGUUCUGACUCAUAGGCUUCACGAUUUUGUCUUUUAAAAGAUAUUUUACGUGGGAAGGAUUUUUCUCUCUUUAUAAGCGCGAGUUUUUCUUGACUCACAAUCGAUGUGGGACUAUUGGUGCCCUUCACAUUAUUAGAACCACAAUAAGGACAAUAAAUGCGAUGGAUAGCAUUGAGGUGCAUAUACUCCAGCUUGAAACAACACGAUAUAACGAAGCUUGAUGAUGCAAAAUGUGGUGUUGGUUCCAGUGUAAAGUGGGGAAGAUAGUGGGAAAAAAUUGAUUUCAUGCGGUUGGAUUUGUGUGGCAUUUUCAUUUCAGCUAGAACAAUUUUCCUCAAGGGGGCAUCGUCCAGGUAAUCGACAUCACGUGAAGGUAAAGGAAAGGUAACCCGUGUUUGAUCUGGUA